AUGGCCACAUUGAAGAACAACUUUUGUCUGAUGUUGUUAUGUUUUAUGAUGAGUUUGUCAGUGACGUUCAACAUUGUGGUUUCUAACGUUGCUCCGGCACCAUCAAAUUGGGUUGGGCCAGUGUCACCGUCGUACGAAAGUUAUUUAGCUAAUUGUGCUUCAAAUUUAGAUCCAAUUUGUGGUAGAGACAUAUACUUUGCUGUAUUUUAUGGUAACACAACUGUCAUUGAAGAUUGCUGUGACGAACUUGUGAGCGAUGUAGGAAAAGUGUGUCACGAUGAUAUGACUAAAUUUGUUUUGACCAAGACAAAGUUCAAGAGCACUGAUGUUCAAAUCUUGGAGAGGAGUCAAAAGCUUUGGAAUCACUGUGUUGCUGUGAUUCAAUCAUAA